UUGACGACAAGGAGAUUAAUUAGAACGAGACAUUUCAGUAGGAAGUCACGUGAUUCAUACAGCAUCAGCGGCGAAACGAGUUUAACGACGGUGAGGCAAGUUGUCUGUCGACAACUCCCAUCCUUUGCCAAACCCCUGCUGGAACAGCGCGACAUGCUGCAGAAAUGCUCGCUUCAUCGGCCUCCUCGUCUGCUGUGACCAUACCAACACCAGGAAAGUCCAUCUUAAAGCGACCACCACCUCCACAGCAGUCGUUCUUCUCCUUGGCUCGCCUCUCGAAACUCUUGCCAACUCAGCAAGCAAACGCGAACCAGGAUGAGGCGUCGACGCUUAAGCGAGCGCACUUCAUCCUUCCGGAGAUGACGGUGGUCUACCCGAUAUCGGCGGCGAACCCGCCGUCCACGCCGAACAUGAAGGAGGAGAAGAAGUCGAUUGAGGAGCGGGAGCUGGAGAGGAGACGGCGCAUAUUGAGGGGCGGAACUAGCAUUUCGAGCGCGGACGGCGACGAUACUUGGUGGGGCCUUGAUCAGGUUGAGUCGUUCUACAGGGAGUGCUGCGUUGGUCGAGAGGAGGUUCCAGAUCCAGGUGUCUCACUUGCGUUCAAACGUGCUGUAGGCACGAACCCUCGCACAAUCGAUCUCUCGGGCAUCCAGUUGACAAUUGGGUCGGCAUCAGUGCUGUCGGAUGUCUUCACCAUCGAAUGGGGUCUGCGGAAACUCGUAUUCAAGGAGUGUGACUUGGACGAACACAUACUCAAGCCGAUACUACACUCAUUACUAAUACCAGACAGCCUCACCUUCCUCUCCGUCGCGUCGAAUCGACGACUAAAGGCAACAGCGUUCCGACUGAUUGGCGCGUAUUUGUCUAAGACAAAAAGCCUGCAAUUUCUCGACGUUUCGCAGAAUUCGCUUGACAAGAAGUCAAUCGAGUACAUCGCUAACGCACUGCCCGAAGCCCCCAAGCAGGGUCUUGUCUCCCUCCGAUUAGACGACUGUUCGCUCAAACCUACCGCCCUAGACGCCCUCGCCAACGUCGUCCGCAAGUCCUCCCUGCGCAACAUCUCCCUACGACUGAACCGCAUCAGCGCCACAGGUGCGGUCGCAAUCGCACUCAUGAUCAAAGACUACCCCGACCGCUUCCCCAACGCCGGACCCAGCUCGCCGCUCUCCCCCACCAUCAUCAGCCCCGAAUCCACGCCGCCAUCCACGCCGCAGCUACCUACCUUCUCCCUCCCGCGCAACGACGGCACCGCGACGCCCCCACCACGCUCCGGACCACUCCCGCCACCACCGCGCCAUCCGAACACCGUUCCACAUACAACCUACACCCCGUACAUCCCCCGCGCGCGGCGAGCGGCGGCGGCCGCUGCGGGGGGCAACAGCACGGCGGCUGUGGCGAACACGAAUCCGUUGUCGCCAGCAGGGCAGCCCGUCCCGAUCAUCACUUCGUCAGCGCAGGGCGGGAUCACCGCGAGACAUCCGGUGCCGCACGGGCCGGGCUCGCCAGCUUUAGGACACGCGCAUGGCACGCAGAGGUAUGACCAGGGUCCGAGCGUGGCGUUGUUGGACAAGGUCCGUGCGCUGGAUAACCUGCCGAGGCUGGGUGCUCUCCGGACGCUGGACUUGAAGGGCAACGACAUCCGGACUGGGAUUACGUACAUUUCUCAGGUGCUGAAGCGCAAUCGCACGCUGAAGGUGCUCAACUUGAGCGAGAACAAGCUGGACGUCCAGGGACUGAUCGCUGUCGCGGAGGCGCUGAAAUACAACUCGUGCCUCGAGACGCUCGAUUUGUCGAAGAACCCAUGUUGUGGCCCGGGUCUAGAAGGGAUUCAAUCACUACGGACAGCGUUCACUCUGAACGAUGCGCUCAAGCGAUUGUUCCUGUCUUCAACAGGCAUGACGCCGGCUGGCGCGAUUGCGCUCGCAGAGUUUCUUCCUGAGUCGAAGUCGCUGCUCCACCUGGACUUGACCAUGAACAAUCUCGACAUUGCUGGUGUCAUGGCCCUCAGCUCGGGGCUCAAAGCCAAUCACACUAUGCGUUGUCUAGACGUCAACAUUCCUCCAGCGGACGAAGAGAUGGCCCGCAUGUGCCGAGACAUCCUCAACACCUGCGUUCGAAAUACAGAGGAGGCGGAGAGGGCCGCCAACCCAUCCAGUCCCGACGGUGCGAGCGGACGUGGCCAGGGCCGAGGCGUAUGGAACAUGAUCGAGGAAAGCGAACUCGCGAAGACCUUCCGGCAGGACGACGAGAAAAAGGUUGCACCCCUUUCUGACACUUCCUCCGUCUCGUCCGCAGCCCCGACUGACGUCCCCUCCGCGGCACAACAGACCGCCUCCGGAGUGAUCACACAGGCGCGUGCAUACAAGAGCCAGCUGGAAGACGUCCUCGCGCGCUCGCCGUCGUCAUCGUCGGCGCCGUCGGCGCCCGUGCAGGACGAGGUCGCCGAGAUGAGCGCGAACGUGAAGGAGGCGCAGAAGAGCCUGAUGGUGGUCAUCGAGACGACGACGGAGCCGGAGCGCCUGCAGGAGCUGCUCGCACUCAACGACGACCUGACGGCACUGCUCGGCCGGUGUCAGCCGCCGAAGCGCCCCUUGUUCUUGCACGGGCUCGGGUUGCAGGCUGAGAACGGCAAGGCGAACGGCUCUGCGGGCGAUGAGGCGUCGGGCAAUGGCCACGCCGUGCAUGGGUUGUCUGAGGACAGCGACGACGAGCCGAUUACCCCGCGCGUGGACAAGGGCAAGGGCCGCGCGGAGCCGGAGCCUGUAGAGCCGGAGAAGGUCCUGUCACCACCAGCGUUCGACUUGGGCGAUUCGGACGAUGAGGAUGCGCACCUUGGAGAUGAGCUGAUCGCAGCUGAGCCUGACGGCAUGGUCUCUCCUACGACAGACAUGUCACGGAGCUGGGUAGAGGAGGAAGGCGAAGUAUUCCGCAAGGGCACUGUUCUGCUUGGCCUGGAAGAGAUGGAGGGCGACUACGAUAGCGAAGAACUACGUAGAGAGGUCAGCGUCAGUAUCACAGCCGGGGCGAUUUCUUGACUGAUCGCCGUAAGUGAC